AUGUUCAGCGUUCUUGUAUUAUUUGCCCUUCUGGGAUUCACAUCUGCGCAGCGCCCAUGGGUUAUGACAUGGUCCCCCGAGAGCUACGGGCCCGACGGCCCCUGGAACGCCGUAUUGGUGAAGAUGGGUAGUGGCCGACAGGAGAUUGCAAUGUACGCAGGACGGUGGUGGGAGACUUAUGUCUUCCUUUCCGACUACUGCUCAAAUACCACGACUUCAUCUGUCUGCUACGCCGAAGAAGCCGGUCUUUUCGAUCCCCACAUGUCAUCAACCUGGGACAAUACCAGCAUCAAGUUGGACCCAACUGGUUAUAGUUGGGAAGACCUAAACUUUUCGCCGACCAAUGCGGUUCCCGUUUCUGGCAAAGCCAGACGUGCCCGAGAAACGAUGGAAUUAUAUGGAACAACUGUACCAGAUGUCGACCUGAUCAGCAUCAGUCAAGGUUAUCAAACCUAUCCCGGUGGCCAAAGCUACCCCCUCCAAGUCGGUUACCUGUCGUUAGGCGCCCAAGACGUCAACCAAACAUUUGAUAAAAUUGGAGCCACCAUGAUCACCAGCUGGUUAUGGAACGGAUCCGCGACGAUUUCUUCUUACACAUACGGGAUGCAUAUCGGGUCUGCCCCGCUAGGCAUUGCUGGCAGUCUGAUGCUCGGUGGAUAUGAUAAAAGUCGGGCUCUGGGGAAAGUUUCUGCCCAGCCUCAUACAGGGAGCUCAGCACCAAUUUCACUGCUCGACAUCAGCCUAGGCGUUGCAGAGGGAGGCUCGCCAUGGAAAUAUCCAAGCAAAGCUGGUUUACUGGCCCAAGGAAAUUCAUCCCUUGAGUCUGGCGUUAGUGUUCGCGCAAACGUUGUGGAUCCCUACAUUUAUCUCCCCCAAAGCUCCUGCGAUGCCAUUGCCGCCGAAUUACCAGUAACCCACAACGCAGAUCUUGGUCUUUACUUCUGGAAUACGGACGACCCUCAAUACACGAAAAUUGUGACAUCUCCCAGCUAUUUGGCAUUCACCUUUGUCAAAGAUAAUACCAACACUCAGAACAUCACUAUCAAGGUGCCAUUCGCGUUGCUCAAUCUUACACUCGAAGCGCCUCUCGUCGAAAAACCCACACCGUACUUCCCCUGUUUUGGAACCGAGGGGACAUACGCCCUGGGACGAGCUUUCUUCCAAGCUGCCUUCAUUGGCGUGAAUUAUGGAGCUGGAAUUGUUGGCAUUGGAAACUGGUUUCUGGCCCAAGCCCCGGGCCCCGGAUACUCCCAAACGAGCACCAUCCCCAUUGAAGAGAGCGCAACUGAGUUGUCGGGAUCAGGUGAUAGCUGGGAGGAGACCUGGGCAUCACAUUGGUCCCCGCUCACAGAGUCGAAUAGUACUUCGGGUGGAGGCUCGAGUACUAAAACUACCAAAACGACUGAGCCCAGCCCUCAAAGUACAUCUUCUGACAGUGGGGGUCUGUCUACGGGAGCCACGGCGGGCAUCGGCGCUGGAUGUGGUGCUGCUGGGCUUGUCGUAAUUGCCCUGGUCGUGUGGUGGCUCAUACGCCGUCGUCGACAAAAGAAAAUGGCAGUUCCAGAUGUCAGCGUCCAACAAAACUAUAUGCCUCCCACGACUUAUUCCCAGUACUCCAACCAAUCAGAGCGUGUUGAUUGGGGCAAGCAAACAUCCGUAUUGGAGCUGGAUAAUAGCCGACCAAAUCCGGGACCCUACGAGAUGGGAAGUGGGCGAUAA